AUGAAUUCUUGGAAAAAUCCUUCCCUAUAUUUAUCAUUUUCCUUUAACAAAUUCUUCAAACCACUUACGUAAUUGCAGUAUACCCAUAAUUUAUCCUCUCUCCCAAAAAGGCAAGUCAAUAUUUUAGCCCUUCUCAUUUUGUCCCUGCCUGCCCUUUAUCCUUAACUAACAUUACCCAAAUUCCAUUAUUAAUACCAUCGAUUUCCCCAUUCUAUCAUAUUCUCUCUCUCUCUCUCUCUCUCUCUCUCUCUCUCUCUCUCUCUCUCUCUCUCUCUCUCUCUCUCUCUCUCUCUCCCUCCCUCCCUCUCCCUCUCUCUGUUCUUUUCAAAAUAUUCUCAGGCCAAAAAUAAAACAAAAUUAGCUAUGACAUCCUUGGUAUCCCAGGAAAGCCUUGUUGCAUUGGUUUCUCGCACUGGUAGGGAGUUGCAACGCUACCGGAAAGGUCGUCGUCAAGUAGUCGGGUGUAUACCAUACAGAUACAAAAUUGGUGACCAAACUUCUGUAGGAGCAAAUGAAGAAUUAGAAGUUUUGGUUAUUACUUCUAAGAAAGGUAAAAGGAUGCUAUUCCCUAAGGGAGGGUGGGAAAUUGACGAAUCAAAAAAGGAGGCAGCGUCGCGAGAAACAAUGGAGGAAGCAGGAGUAAGAGGCAUUGUAGAGGGUAAAUUGGGUAAGUGGAGGUUCAAGGGUAAAAGACAUGGUUCUUUGUAUGAAGGCUAUAUGUUCCCUCUGCUUGUUCAAGAGCAACUAGAGAUCUGGCCAGAGCAAAGUGUUCGUCAAAGAACAUGGAUGAACGUUUCAGAAGCAAGGGAAGUUUGUCAACAGUGGUGGAUGAAAGAAGCAUUAGAGAGACUAGUAAAUCGUCUCAAGGGUCAGAAAUUUGAUUAUGAAAAUCAAAUAGUAGUAUUAGGUUCUGUACACUGCACAUGAGACGCCAAAUCUGACUUGUAAAACAAGGUAGUUUCCUGGAGAUUGAUGCAUAGAUAGUGCUCAGCAUGAAGAAUAAUUUGUACAAAAUGUUAGGAUUAUUAUAAAAUAAAAUAUGCAUAUAAUAAAAGGUGGUAGAUUACAUUGAAGUAAACUAUUCAUCCCCCAUCAUGUAUCCUCAUAAUAUUUUACCUCAUAAUAACACUUUGUUAAGCGUGUA